GCUAAAACCCUAACCUAGAGUUCAUAUCAUAUUUUCCCGGCUAUGGCUAUGGCGGAGGUAAAAGGCGGCUAUGGAGAGGACGGGAUCUAUCGCAGCUUGUUCCCUCCAGUCCCGAUUCCUCUCCAAACGCAUCACAGCCUCCCCGCAUUGCUCUUCUCGGGGCCUCUAGCCGAUCCAUCCAACUCGUCGUCGCCGCUGCUCGUCGAUUCCACCACCGGCUUCACGAUCCACUGCGGCGAUUUCCAGCGCCUCGCCAAAUCCGUGGCGUCGGGCCUCUCAUCGAUUGUCGGAGUCUCCCAAGGUGAUGUCGUCCUCCUGUUGCUCGGCAACACGGUGUAUUUCCCGAUCCUCUUCGCUGCCAUUCUCUCCAUCGGCGCCGUCGCGACCACGGCCAAUCCGGCCAACACCGCUGCCGAAAUCGAGCGCCAGCUGCGAGAUUCCAGGGCGGGAUUUGUCGUGACGAUGCCGGACCUGGUCGCCAAGAUCGGCAAGAACGGGCAGGGUUUCCCUACGGUGAUCCUCGACGGGGAGAAUGCCGGCGCCAAAUUCUUCCAGGAUCAUCCACGCUUCGUGCGAUUCGAGAGCCUCCUCGCCGUGGAUGAGAGCAAAUUCCCUAGCGCGGUGAGAAUCCGGCAGGGCGAUCCAGCGGCGCUGCUCUACUCGUCGGGGACCACGGGGCCGAGCAAAGGCGUGCUGCUCUCUCAUGGAAAUCUCAUCGCCGCGGUCUCGAUCCUCGCCUCUAAGCCCAAUGACAACGAUGACAAGGUCGUGACCUUCAUCCUUUUGCCGCUCUUCCACAUCGCCGGGCUCAUCUAUAGCGGCUGCAUGAUGAUCUAUCUCGCCGCGACGAUGGUGGUGGUCAGGAAAUUCGACCUCCUCCACAUGCUCCAGUGCAUCCAGCGAUUUAAGAUCACCAGUCUGCCCAUGGUGCCGCCGAUCGUGGUCGCGCUCCUCAAGCACCCAGCGGUGGAAAGCUACGAUCUAUCUUCUCUGAAGAGAGCCGCAUCGGGCGCUGCUCCACUGGCCAAGGAAACUUUGGAAGCAUUUCUAGCAAAGUUUCCACAAAUCCAAGAGUUUAGUCAGGCUUACGGCAUGACUGAGACAACUGGUCUUGGUGCCAGUGGAGAAGCUCCAUUCGGCUCGGCCGGGCUUCUAACAGCGAACCACGAAGCCAAAGUCACGAACGUGGAUACGGGCAAGCCACUGCCUCCACACUCUCGAGGCGAGCUCUGGCUGCGAGGCCCUUGCAUCAUGCAAAGCUACCUCAACAAUCCUGCCGCCACCGCCGCCACCAUCGAUCCAGAGGGCUGGCUCCACACCGGAGACAUUGGCUACUUCGACGACGAUGGCUUCCUCUUCAUCGUCGACAGGCUCAAGGAACUCAUCAAGUACAAAGGCUUCCAGGUUGCUCCUGCGGAACUGGAAGCUCUUCUUCUCGCUCAUCCAGGCAUUGCCGACGCAGCCGUGAUCCCGUACCCGGAUGAUGAUGCUGGUGAGAUUCCUCUCGCCUGUGUUGUUCGUGGAUCCGGCGAAGCGGGAAAAUCGCUCUCGAAAGACGAAGUUAUGGAUUUCAUUGCGAGACAGGUCGCUUCUCAUAAGAGGAUCCGGGCAGUGACUUUUGUACCCUCGAUUCCAAAGUCAGCAACAGGGAAAAUUCUUCGCAAGGAUUUACUCCAAGUUACUCGCUCCCGCUCCAAGUUGUGACUAUAGGUAAAAUUCUUUUCCCUUCACGCGUGGAAAAGACCUCUCAGCAUACGUAGAAAGAAAGUGGGCCUGAUCGACUAUUCAUAGGCAAGCCACAAUGAAGCGCUGUAUCAUGAAUGGAGAGAGUUUGGUGGCUCUGCACUUAUUCAAUAACAUGGACAGAGAAAAGAGGACUUUGCCUCGAGAUAGGCACAUUUUGUGGCGAA